GUCUAUUCUGAAGAACAAUAGCAAUGUGGCUUUUUUUCUUGUUUUUUCGAACAGUUUGUCGUGAAAGCUCCAGGUCAGGAACGGGUGCGUUGACAUGAGGUUGAAUUCUUCCUUUUUUCCUUUUCUUACUCAUUCUUCGUUUUUCUGUCAGUCCCAUUCCCUUUUGAAGACCAAUGUCGGCUAUGCGCCAUUUGCUCGACCUCUGCAAACGCAGAGGGUUUCUCUUCCAGUCUGCAGAAAUUCACGGACACGUCGAUCAGUUCACAGACGAGAUGGUUGAUUCAAAGUUAUCCAAGGAGGGCGCCAUGGUUACUCGGAAGGACAAGGAAAUCCUUCUAGAAGUAGAGCGCAUGGAGAAGAAUACAAUCGUCCUCAAAAGGGAUAACUACAUAUCUCGAUCCUAUCGACCCAUUGACAAGGUUAUCACUACUACUCUUGACGCCCAAAAAACUCCAUCAUCAGCGGAUUUGUCGACUACCCGUCAACUCGUAGAUAAAACCCUAAACGGCACAGGUGUCUUCAUUAAUUAUAUGACUGUUCAACGAUCCCAUCCACAUCUCAAGAUCCCUUUUGGGAUUGCUCAGAUCGGGAAAUCCUUUAGGAACGAAAUCCGUUUGGAGCAUGCUAUUUUCAGGACACCUGAAUUUGAACAGAUGGAGCUAGAGUAUUUUGUGGCUCCUUGGCAGGCUCAGGAGCAAUUUACAGCCUGGAGAAAUUCAGGAUGGAUUGAGGUCGAAGGUAUUGCGAAUCGAGGCGAUUUUGAUUUGAGUAAACAUACAGAAGCUACUGGUAUUAAGCUACAAUACACAGAUGCUGUCCUGAUGCAAGAAAGACAGGCACGUGAGAAGGCCACAGGGAUCAAAGAGACAAGCGUAGAGAUAUUGGAGCGCGAGAGAUUUACACCACAUGUCGUCGAGUCGUCAUGUGGAUUGAAUAGAGCUAUGUUGGCAUUGAUGUUGGAUGCAAUGGAGGUUGUAGAUGAGCACGGGCGAGCAGUGGUGCUGGGAAAUGAGGAUGAGGCCAACAGUGAUAGCAACAAUAAUACAAAGAAGAGCAUUGAUCUCAACAAUAGUAGUAAAGGGAUCCGAACUAUCAUGAAACUGCAUCCUCGUCUAGCACCCAUCAAGGUAGCAGUAAUGCCUUUGGUUUCCAAUAACAAAGAUCUGGUGGAUAUUUGUUCUGAUAUCAGUGGCCAGCUUCGCCAAGAGCUCCAGGUGAACGUAGCAAUGGAGACCCAGAAUACAACGAUUGGCAAGCGAUACUACCGUAUGGAUGAAAUCGGAACCCCUUGGUGUUCACCGUGGAUUUUGAUACGCUCAAUGACCAAACUAGGCGUGUUUUCAAAAAAUGAAGUUCUGGAAAUUGUACGAGAUGGAUUGAGACUAUACCCUCGAAAGAAACCUCAUCCAUAAUCGGCCUUCUCGACGCCAUAAUGAAUGUAUUAAAACAAAAAUAAAUAAAUAAAUAGAUAAAAAAAAAG